GUCAGCAUGUGUCCCUACCAUUUCCAGUCCCCUUUUCCUUGCAAGACCCUAUGAGUAAGCUGUGGCGGCGCGGGAGCACCUCCGGGGCUAUGGAAGCCCCUGAACCGGGGGAAGCGCUGGAAUUGAGUCUGGCGGGUGCCCACAGCCAUGGAGUGCACAAGAAAAAGCACAAGAAGCACAAGAAAAAACACAAGAAGAAACACCACCAGGAAGAAGAGGCUGGGCCGACGCAGCCGUCACCUGCCAAGCCCCAGCUUAAACUCAAAAUUAAACUGGGUGGGCAGAUCCUGGGCACCAAGAGUGUUCCUACUUUCACUGUGAUCCCUGAGGGUCCUCGUUCACCCUCUCCCCUUAUGGUUGUGGACAAUGAAGAGGAACCUAUGGAAGGAGUCCCCCUUGAGCAGUACCGUGCCUGGCUGGAUGAAGACAGUAAUCUGUCCCCCUCCCCACUUCGGGACUUGUCAGGGGGCUUAGGGGGUCAAGAGGAAGAGGAGGAACAGAGGUGGCUGGAUGCCUUGGAGAAGGGGGAGCUAGAUGACAAUGGAGAUCUCAAGAAGGAAAUCAAUGAACGGUUGCUCACUGCUCGACAGCGAGCUCUACUCCAGAAGGCGCGGAGUCAGCCUUCCCCGAUGUUGCCGCUACCUGUGGCUGGGGGCUGCCCGGCCCCGGCCCUCACCGAGGAGAUGCUGCUGAAGCGGGAGGAGAGGGCGCGAAAGAGACGGCUGCAGGCGGCUCGGCGGGCGGAGGAGCACAAGAACCAGACUAUCGAGCGCCUCACCAAGACCGCGGCGCCCAGCGGGCGGGGAGGCCGAGGGGCAGCGCGGGGCGAGCGACGGGGAGGGCGGACGGCGGCCCCGGCCCCGAUGGUGCGCUACAGCAGCGGGGCCCAGGGUUCCACCCUUUCCUUCCCACCAGGCAUCCCCGCCCCCGCGCCAGUGUGUCAGCGGCCGUCCCCAUCUGGCCCUCCCCCUCGGUGCUCCGUCCCCGGCUGCCCGCACCCACGCCGCUACGCCUGCUCGCGCACCGGCCAGGCGCUCUGCAGCCUUCAGUGCUACCGCAUCAACCUGCAGAUGCGGCUUGGAGGGCCCGAGGGCCCCGGGUCCCCCCUUUUGGCUACUUAAGGUCCUUACCCAACCCGGACUCUGCGCCCUCUCCCCUGCCGGGUUUCCAUUCGUUUCCCCACCCUAUUAAAUUUAAUCCGGUGCCUCGACUUGUACAGAGCUGGGGAAAUGGGCUAUGGGCAGGCCAAUGCCCCGUACACACAUUUUGCCCCCUCGGGAGAUUGCGUCAACCCCGGGGAAUAUGGCCUCCAGGCACCGAGAAGACUUGGGCGGACUUUUAGGGACGCCGCCUCGCCUCGCCCCGCCCCGCCCCGCCCCGCCUCGCCUCGCCUCGCCUCGCCUCUUCCAGUGGGGUCACCUGGCUUGGUUGGGCCUCCGUCGUCAUCCUCGGAAAUAACGCUCAAGCCAAUCAGUGGAAAAUUUGCUUUCCUGGACGGCCGUUCAUUGGCUGAUAACGCGGAGCCCGUUCUGUUGUCCGUAUUGGCUGUUGUCCCUGUCAGUCAGGGGCAGGGUCGAACCUUGCCCCACUCUUUGUCUGUGUGAGCUCUUGUUGUCUGGGCGAGUGGCGGAGGCGCGGCUGUGGAUUGGUCGCCGGGAGAGCACUCCGGUCCGUUCCUAUUGGCCCGUCCGCCGGCGGGCGUUGCCGAUUGGUAGGGCCGAGCAAUCUGGGUCCUAGUUGGCAGAGCUCGCCGCGGAUGGAAGCUCCAGCCGCGGAGUGAUGGUGGCGGCAGCGAAGAUGGGCCGGGCAGGGGCCAUGGCGGUGGCGGCAGAGGUGGCAGGGGCGGGGCGCCUGGCGAUAGAGGAGGCUGUGGUCUACAAGGGGCUGUAGGUGGAGGCAUGGCUCAGGCCAGCAGCGGGAACGGCAGCGAGGAGGCCUGGGGGGCACUUCGCGUGCCGCAACAGCAGAUGCAGUUGACUUUGCCUGCAACUCCUUAGACUCCCAUCCCAUGGCUGCAGUGGAAGCUUGCAGUGGCUCUCCAGUGACCAAAGACAUAGUGAGGCCCAGGGAAGCUCCCUCUGUCUUACAACAGUUAUUUGUGAUGUUUUUCUGUGUGCCUAUUGUCACAACAGAGUCCGGCAGCGUCUUCUCUUGAGGGAGCAAUUUGGAGAAGAGCUGGAACCCAGACUCGCGCCCUGGAUGCCAUCCUUUAUCAUCCACAGCAAUCCCAUCUGCUUCGAGAGCUGUGCCCAGGAGUGAACAACCAGCCCUACCUCUGUG